GGUUUCCAAAGGACAAUUUUCAAUUUCGAACCAAUUUGCCCUUUAAUUUCUGGUAUUUUACAGAAUAACCAUCGAUUCCUCCGGAAAUCCUUGAAUCGGUUUUAUACGCUACUCCUAUAAUUCAACUCUCACCCACGCCCGUACCCAACCCCAUCGUCUUCUCCGUCCGCCAUCGCCGCCGAACAUCACCACUCCGUCUGUCGUCGUCGAUCUCCCUCUGCUGGGUUUUCCGGUCCUUUGAAAAUUGAUUCAACGAUGAGGACAAUUUCAUCAUCAGUGUUCACCAUGUUGUCUCCACCCAUUAUGCCUCAUCUUCAAAGGUGUUCGUUGUUUGGUUUCAAAGGGAGACAACCCAUCAGUACCACAAUCGAUGCCCUUUCCAACAACGGCGCCGUUUCUCGUGGCGCGGCUUCGUGUAAUGCAGUUGAAGAUGCUCACAGGCGAAGAAGUAGUCUUGAAUCGCUGUUUUGUUAUGAUAAUAAGGCUAUACUGGAGGAGAUAAUUGAGACGCCAGUAGGUUUAUCUUUAGCAAAGAAAGUAAAUGGAGAUAACCCCAGUUGCCCUGAUUGCCAAGCCAAAGGGGCUGUCCUUUGCCGCACUUGCUCUGGUUCUGGCUUAUGUGUUGACUCUAUAUUGGAAAGCCAGGGCAUCGUUGUCAAAGUCCGAUGCUUAGGUUGUGGUGGAAUUGGUAAUAUUUUGUGUUUAGAAUGCGGUGGCCGUGGUCAUGUUGAUCUUAAAUGAUUUCCAAGGUCGUGGAGUUAGUGGGACGAUUAUUUCCACAGUGGCCUAGGUCAUCUCAGCCCGUAUUGGACUUAACUGAGUUUUGAGAAAGCAUUAAGGAAUUCUCAGCAACUGCAGCCCCCUUGUUGUUUGAUUUCUGCUUUCUUGCUCAAUCAGUCCACAUUUGCAGUAUUUCCCUUAUUUAACUUGUAAUUUUUCUUGUUCUUGUUUGCUUUGUAUUUAGUAUUUGGGUCUGUGCUCAGUUAUUUCAUGUGUUGACUCUUUUAUACAUCUAUGAAGCUCUUUUUUUUAUGCAAAAAAGAAAAAAAGAGCAUCCACACCAGUCUUCCUUAAUUUUGAACUAAAUUUGGGAGAAAAACUUACUUUUCAUCAUAAGCAAGUCACUUUUUCAAAUGUCUUCUACAUCUCUAUAAUAAAACAGCACAUUUUAUUUUCCUAAAGUGUGUAUGUGUCACUCUCUUAUUGGUUGAGAUGGUCUCUAUAAAUCUUGGCCAUUUAUUUGCUCCUUCUCAUCUAAAGAGCAGACCCAAGUCAUCCAAUACGUUUCAACCGUGGAGAUUCACGCGUACAAAUCUGUUUAUCCUGAAACAGGAUCAUGCUUUCAAAUUUCAAAUCAAAACCCACGGCCACGAGUAAUAAAAUAAUUUAUUUGCUCUCUCUCUCUCUCUCUAUCCCUCUCUCAAACCCCCCCUUCU